CACGUGUUGAGAGCGAGUAGGAUUGGAAUGUCUACUCCUGCGAGUAGCCUUAUCACUGCUCUUUCAUUCCACCAUUUUCAAUCUCCUUUUGACUAUGAUGGUGAUAGUGCUGCAACUUCCUCAAUCUCCCAAAAAUCCCCACCAACGAAAUUCUGCAGAAAUUCAGGAUUUCAUCAGAUGGGCACUAAAACAUGGUUGUUUUCAAUCUGCAUUCUAAGAAUUUUCUGGCUUCAAUCCAUCUUCGCUUCUUUUCGCCCCGUCGACAAUCUUUUGAUCGACUGCGGUGGAAAUGCUACAUUGAAAUUCGACGAUGGUCGGACUUUCAGACCCGAUUUGGGUUCGCCGAAUGUCGUCUUGUCGCCCAAUUCCGGCAUUGUGGUAUUGAAUUCUGAUACAGGUCCGCAUACUCUGUAUAAAACUGCUCGUGUUUUCACUGUUCCAUCAGUGUAUACGUUUGCGGUCGAGCGGGCAGGCCGCCAUUGGCUGCGGCUGCAUUUCUACGCCAUUGUGAAUCCGCAUUAUAACUUGAAUUCGGCAGUUUUUUCGGUUAUGGCUGAUGGAUUUACCCUGCUUCAUGAAUUUUCAAUCCCGGCGCCUGCCAAACGCUCAUCUGGUUUGAUGAAGGAGUAUGUGGUUGAUGUGGGUUCGGAUUUGAAGACAUUGUCGUUGACGUUUUCUCCGUUGAAUGGAUCGAUUGCUUUUAUUAAUGGGAUAGAGGUGGUAUCGGUUCCCGUCGAUCAGUUCCCUUCUAUUGCCGCAGCCGUUCCUGUGGGUCCCGCAAUUGAAAUCUCUAAUCAGGUAGCUUUCGAGACCUCCCAUCGGAUUAAUGUGGGUGGCCCGCUUUUGAAUUCGGAAAAUGACACAUUAUGGAGGAUUUGGGAACCUGAUCAACCAUUCCUUGUCAAUGUGGCUUCCGCUCGUUCUGUUUCCGUAGACCCAGGUUUGAUAAAAUACCCUUCUGGAGUUUCAGAUAGAAUUGCGCCAAAUUGGGUUUAUUCAACUGCCCAAGAAAUGGCGGAUGCGAACGUCGGAGAUCAGAAUUUCAACAUCUCGUGGGUGUUUGGCGUCGAUCCUGGUUUCCGCUACUUCAUUCGGCUGCAUUUCUGUGACAUCGUAAGUGAAGCUCUGCAUAGUCUGGUUUUCAAUGUCUACAUCAACAACCAGUCUGCCCUCAGCUCAUUUGAUAUAUCAAGCAAGACGAUGGAACUAUCAGCUGCUUAUUUCGUCGAUUUCGUUACCAAUGAUUCGAUCACAUCAGAGAAGAUAAUGGUUCAAAUUGGCCCACCAGACCUGAUGAACACACCAGCCAAUGCGAUCCUCAAUGGUCUUGAGAUCAUGAAACUCAGUAACUCGGACAAAAGCUUCGAUCAAUCUUACAGUUUGAAUUCCAUCAGUUCAAAUCAUCCAAAUAAGAGAAAAUCAGUAUUACUUGCUGUCGCAUUUUCUUUGGGGGGACUUGCUCUUUUGGGACUCAGCAUUGCGGCUUACCGCCUGUAUUUCAGCCGUCCAAAGGAGCCAAAGCGGGACCUGGCCUGGUUGCCUCUUCCGACCCAUGCGGGCCACUCAGAAACGAAGGUUUCAGCCCACAGUUAUGCUUCCUCAGCACCUUCUUCGGGUCUAGGCCGUGUUCUGUCAUUUUCGGAGAUUCAAGAAGCGACAAAGAAUUUCGAUGAGAACUUGGUUUUGGGUGUGGGUGGAUUUGGCAAGGUGUAUAAAGGCAUGCUAGAAAAUGGCGUCCUUGUCGCUGUCAAACGCGGCAAUCCACGGUCACAACAAGGGCUAGUCGAAUUCAGGACGGAGAUUCAAAUGCUCUCUAAGCUUCGACAUCGGCACCUUGUUUCCCUAAUAGGCUACUGUGAAGAACUCAAUGAAAUGAUCCUUGUUUAUGAGUACAUGGCUGGUGGGCCACUCCGGAAACACAUAUACGGCUCAGAUCUCCCACCGCUGUCAUGGAAACAAAGGCUAGAGGUCUGCAUUGGAGCUGCAAAGGGGCUGCAUUACCUUCAUACUGGGGCAGCUGAAACUAUCAUACAUCGCGAUGUUAAGACAACCAACAUUCUACUAGAUGAGAACCUUACUGCGAAGGUGGCCGAUUUUGGGUUGUCUAAGACAGGCCCCACAUUGGAUCAGACCCAUGUGAGCACCGCGGUUAAAGGAAGCUUUGGAUACCUUGAUCCAGAGUACUACAGAAGGCAGCAGCUGACGGAGAAGUCCGAUGUGUAUUCAUUUGGGGUUGUGUUGAUGGAGGUCUUGUGUGCACGGCCCGCGAUCAAUCCCUCCCUCCCAAGAGAACAGGUCAACAUAGCUGAGUGGGCCAUGCAUUGGCAAAAGAGGGGCCAUCUUGAGCAGAUCAUUGACUCCCAUCUGAGGGGAUUGGUAAACCUCGAUUCUUUAAGGAAAUUCGGCGAGACAGCAGAGAAGUGUUUGGCGGAACAAGGCAGCGAAAGGCCGACAAUGGGAGAUGUGCUGUGGAACUUGGAGUAUGCUCUUCAGCUGCAAGAGGCUUCUACACAGUCCAUCAUCGACGAUGACAGCACAAAUAACAUUCCAGACCUUCCGGAAUGGAUUCCCCAAAUUGAGUCUGUCGAUCACAACAAUGCCGGUAUUGUCAGCGAACAAGAAUCUGACAUUGGUACGACUAGUGAAGUUUUCUCACAGCUGAUGGAUCCAAAAGGAAGGUAAUUCAUGGGAGUAAGCAUUAGGCCAUGUUUGGAUGCACUAUCGAAUCGAAUUGUGAUAAUUAGUUCAAUAGAGCGGAAAUUACCAAAUUGAAAUCGCAUGAACAGUUUCUGAAUUGCGAUUAUGUUACUUUCAAGUUCGACAGCAAUCACAAUGUUGUCACUUCCUCAUUGUACUAAAUUUUGCAAUUCAAAACAAUGGUGCAUCCAAACAUAGCCAUUUGUAUGUUGUUUUGCAGAGAACAUUGCAUUUUGGUUCUCAUACAAAAAAGCAUAUGAAGCCAGCAGCAGAUGAGCAAUUUCAAGCAUCCUUUUGAUUCAUACUUCAAAUCAGCCAGGUAUUUAUUUGGGUCUUUGUCCAUUGUCUCUCCUCAUCCAACUUGUCUAGUUCUCAAACUCACUGUGUUGACUCAAAACUCACCCGAGUUGACUCAAUUGAACUCUGGGUCAAUUCAUUUUGCAGACUCAGCUUACUGAUUUAAAUGGCUAAG